CUGACUACUUCAGUUAUCAUAUUCAUUGUUUACAUUAAUAAAAUUACUCAGUAAAAGAACAACACACAACCAGUGAGGUCGCGGCUUUCUCUGCCAUUCAUAGGGCGCGUGUGGGUAGCCUAAGACCGGCGGCUGGGGACCUGCUGUGUGCAAAAGGAUGGCAGCUCGUCGUAUCCUUAAGGCUGUGCUGGUGGAUCUCAGUGGAACGCUGCACAUCGAGGACACAGCUAUACCAGGAGCACAGGAAGCUCUAAAACGACUAAGAAAGGCUCCGGUUGUCAUACGGUUUGUGACCAACACAACCAAAGAGUGCAAAAAGACCCUAUUGGAGAGGCUUAGGAAGUUGCACUUUGAGAUUGAAGAGGAUGAAAUUUUCACAUCUUUGACAGCAGCAAGGAACCUGGUUGAGCAGAAAAAUGUCCGGCCCAUGUUGCUUGUAGAUGACAGUGCACUACAUGAUUUUGAAGGAAUCGCCACACAUAAUCCCAAUGCGGUUGUGAUUGGAUUAGCUCCAGAACACUUCAACUACCAAACAAUGAACAAAGCCUUCAGACUAGCACUGGAUGGGGCACCGAUCAUAGCUAUCCAUAAGGCAAGAUAUUACAAGAAGAAAGAUGGUCUAGCAUUGGGCCCUGGGCCUUUUGUUACUGGACUAGAAUAUGCAACAGACACAAAAGCAACAGUGGUUGGUAAACCAGAGAAGACGUUCUUCCUCGAGGCCCUGAGAAGUACUGGGUGCAAACCUGAGGAGGCUCUUAUGAUAGGGGAUGAUUGCAGGGAUGAUGUUGGAGGAGCACAGAAUGCCGGAAUGCUGGGAAUAUUGGUAAAAACAGGUAAAUAUAGGAUAGGGGAUGAAGCAAAAAUUAAGCCAGCCCCUUACCUAACCUGUGACAGUUUUCCAGAAGCUGUGGAUCAUAUACUAAACAACCUGCUUAAUGAAUUCCACCCCUGAAGAGUGACUUCAAUCCCUACAAUUAGAAGGCAUAAUCUCCCCAACCUGUCUACCUAGACCACUGGUUUUCAAACCUGUCCUCAGACCUUCAUAAUAGGCCACAUUUUGAGGAUAUCUGAACUGGAGCACGGGUGAAAUAAUCAGCUGAUUAGUAAACAUGAUUAUUUUACCUGCACUCUUCCAAGGUAAUCCUGAAAACCUGGCCUGUUGGGGAGGUCUGAGGACAGGUUUGAAAACCAGUGACCUAGACCUACAAUAGUAACAGGAAUUAUUGCUACAGUAUUGUUUAAAAAAACAAACAAUAAUCUGUUAUCUUAUUAUAGAGUUUGUAUUGUACAAGGUAGAGAAGAGUGUGAAAUGUCAUUUUGAUUGGAGAUAUACACCAUAGUGGUAUAAAAAUCUGUUCUACACCACCUAUAGUCAAGAGAAGCUAAAGCAUUGCUGCAUGAUACAUUUGAUGGCUACAUAUUGAGUUAGCCAAAUGUGAGCCUAAAUAUGUUCUUUCAAUUUGCCUGUGUGCUGUGAAUACAUUGUUGGCAGCUGGUAUUUACAUUAAAGGGACACUGAACCCACAUUUUUUCUGUUGUGAUUCAGACAGAUCAUGCAAUUUUAAGCAACUUUCUAAUUUACUCCUAUUAUCAAUUUUUCUUCAUUCUCUUGAUAUCUUUAUUUGAAAAAAUGGGCAUCUAGGCUUUUUUUUUUGUUCAGACUCUGGACAGCACUUUUUAUUGGUGGAUACAUUUUUCCACCAAUCAGCAAGAACAAUCCAGGUUGUUCACCAAAAAUGAACCAGCAUCUAAACUUACAUUCUUGCAUUUCAAAUAAAGAUACAAAGAGAAUGAAUAAAAUGUGAUAAUAGGAGUAAAUUAGAAAGUUGCUUAAAAGUUCAUACUCUAUGAUCAUUACAGUGGCACUGCUAUAUAUCUUGGGGUGUUUUGAUUAGAACAAUAGUUUUAAUCUUACAAAGAUAGACAAUGUUAAAUAAUUUUGUUCUGUGUCUAAUGAACCUUCAAACAUCAGACUAAGCCAUAUACUGUAGGUGAUUCUAUCUAGAAUUUAUUUUGAAUUGUAGAUAUUUACUCUAGAAAAUUUUGUGGGGGGUUUGAGAAGGAUGAGCACCAACUUUUGGUUCCUUUAGUGCAGUGUCAAUAGAUUAUAUAUAAUAAAAGUAUAACCAAUA